UUGCGUCAGAGGGGGCGUGUCGCGCGAGGCAGGGCCCAAUGACCGUUGGGCGUAUGGCGGCGAGUUCCGUGUUUACACCCGCAGGACGGGAGCUGAGCGGAGGUCAGUGUCAGUGAGGCGGGAGAGCGGAAGAAGAACAGGUCAACAAUCUAAGGGAUCCAAAAGAUCGGCGGAGAUGCGUCGGGGAGCUUGAGGGCGACUGUUGGAAGCGGAGGGUAGAGCGGCCGGACUGCGAACAAGACGGAGGUUUCGGGCCGCUCGCGGAACGGAAUGUUUUCCAGAAAGGCUCAUGGAGACGUCAAGAAAUCUACACAGAAAGUUCUGGACCCAAAGAAGGAUGUGCUGACCCGCCUGAAGCACCUGAGGACUCUGCUAGAUACUUUAGAAAGAAGUGAACUGAAGCAGUUCUUUGAAACCAACUACUCUCAGAUUUAUUUUAUAUUCUUUGAAAAUCUGUUCACACUGGAAAGUAGUUUAAAACAAAAAGGGAAUAAAUCACAGAGGGAGGAGCUGGACUCCAUUCUCUUUGUAUUUGAGAAAAUACUUCAACUUCUUCCAGAGAAAAUCAACAACAGAUGGCAAUUUCACAGCAUUGGCUCAAUUUUGAAGAAACUUCUGCACACUGGAAACUCUGUUAAGAUAAGAAGCGAAGGAAUUCGACUCUACUUACUGUGGCUUCAAGCACUGCAAGAGAAUUCUUCUGAUGAACAACUAACCUUAUUUGCUUGUCUAGUUCCUGGUUUUCCAGCUGUUUCAUCUCAAAUUGGACCGUGUACUUUAGAAACGCUCAUAAAUCCCUCCUAUAAUUUAUCUGAUGUAAAAAUUGCUGCAGAAGAUAUUACUCCUCUGCUACCAUCAGUAUUGGGAGAAAAGAUAUCGGAUGACCAGACUUUGUACUUCCUUCAAAUACUUCUAAAGUACAUGGUAAUUCAGGCUGCAAGUUUAGAAUGGAAAAAUAAAGAUAAACAAGAAAGUGGCUUCAAGUUUCUUUUUGCCUUGUUUAAGAAGUUCUACCUUUCUCAUUUAUUUCCAUCCUUCACAAAAUUUACCAACCUUUACAAUCCUGUACUUGAAAUUCCUCAGAUGAGGCCAAAGCCACUAUAUAUCAAUGUAACACGAAACAAUGAAAGCGUUUACAGUACAAGGGACCAGUAUUUGGCAGCUCGGGUGGCAUUUAUUAAGUGGCUUGUGACCUUCUUUCUGGAAAAGAAGUACACUGCCACAAAUCAAAACACUAAGAACGGUGGAGAGAUGUUACCUAAAAUUAUCCAGCAGUCUGUGACUGCAAACCCAUCAACUCAGGAGAAAGCCAUUGAAUUGGAAGCAAGUGGGACCACUGAACAGGAUCGAUCUCACUCCAACAGCAGCACUCUAUCUGAAAGAAGACUCAGCACCUCCAGCCUGUGCAGCAUUGAAGAAGAACAUCAGCCAGUCUAUGAGAUGGUUCAGAGAGUCCUCUUUUCUUCUCAAGCAAAUGUGAAUUUUAUCAAUGAAGUGUUUCACCAGGGUUUUCUGCUACCGUCUUGUGAAGCAUCAGCAAUAAAAAAAGUGGUAAAGGUUUAUCGAAAAUGGAUCUUGCAAGAAAACAAACCUCCAUUUAUGGCUGAGCCGGAAAAGUCAGAAACAGAUGAUGAUGUUGUUGAUCAUCCAGAGCAUCUUUCUGUAUUGCUGACUGAUAAUAAAGAGACCAUUCAGCAAUCAAGGCAUCGGCGUACAUCUAGUUGGGGAAGAACGUACUCUUUUACAAAUGCCAUCAAUCGGGGCUGUGUCUUUGAAGAGGAAAAUGCAAAUAUUCAGGCCGGUAUUCAAUCAACUUUGCAAGUAUUUUUGACAAAUUCUGCAAAUGUGUUCUUGUUGGAACCCUGCACUGAUGUCUCAAAGAUCCUCGCGGAACAGAUUGACGUCUGCAAGGCAGUAUUAAGUAUCUACCGGCACAUGAUCAUGGAAUUAAACAUGAGCAAGAAAACAUGGGAGCAACUUUUGCGCAUAUUACUGAAGAUAACUGAAGCAAUUAUGCCAAAGCAACAGGAUUUGCACAACCGGGAUAUUUUUGCGGAGCACAUGGCUGGCCUACUUUUCCGGACGCUCAUUGUCGCCUGGAUUCGGGCUAAUUUAAGUGUGUAUAUCUCACGGGAACUAUGGGAUGAGCUGCUGUCUGUGCUUUCUUCUCUCACUGCCUGGAAUGAACUGAUUGCUGAAUGGGCAAAAAUAAUGGAUUCUCUCACUGUGGUGUUGGCAAGAUGUGUGUACGGUCUGGAUAUGAAUGAUUUACCACUGGACAAGCUAAGUGAGCAAAAGGAAAAGAAACAAAGAGGGAGAGGUGUACAUCAAGAUCUUAGUAAAGUAACUGGAGUAGGUAGGUCCUUUUCUCUGAGUUGGAGGAGCCAAGCUGAUGGCACACAAGAGCAUAUGCGAUUUAGAAGUGCAACUACCUCUGGUGCCCCUGGAGUUGAAAAGGCCAGAAAUAUUGUUCGUCAGAAAGCAACAGCUAAGCGAAGCCAAUCUAUCAGCAACUGUGUCCAUCUUUAUGAGGCUUUGCCAAGCACUAAAAGUGUGCCUCUGCUGCUUCAUACUGUGAGCUCUCUCUUACCUGGUAUCACUCAUGCCUCUUCUCAGAAACUGUCAGAAGAUGAAGAGUUUCAACAACCUGAAACUACACCAGAUUCAGAAGAAUUGAUGUGUAGUUCAACAUUAGAUCAAGAACAAAAGCUCACCCAUAGCAGCAGUACUUCUGACAUUGCUGAACGGCUCCAUUCAGACCUGAUUCAAGGACAAAGGAGGGAACACUCAGCUAGCUUCAGUAGUUCUGAUUCAAAGAGUGCUACUGUUGAAAACAGAAAAUGUGAAGGCAAAGAAACUGAGGCUCCAGUUAUCUUGAUACGUCGGAGCAGUAGCCCUGAAGACCUAGAAAAUAAGGCAGAAACACUUCAGUCAUCUCAAGUAAGAAGCAGAUUGAGAAAUAAAAGUGAGAGUAUCAGCAGUGAAGCGUCCACUGAUUUUAAUGGUUUUACCGAAACAGAGUUAUCAUUAGUUCAGUGGAAAAUAUUUGACGAAGAUUCAGAAGUUGGUGCAGUAACUACUGAUGCUUUUGAUGCAGAUACAGUAUACACCUGGCAUAGAUUAAGUUCUUCCAAAGCUGCUACUCUUGCAGGUUCUGAUACUGCUUUUCCAAACUUCACAACAGCCAGUGCACCUUCCCACCUCUCUACCAGCUCAACUUCCUCCAUGCCAUCUGAAUCCAAGGACUCCACCCCGCUUCUGGAUGAAAAAUUACAUCAAUCUGUCUUACAAAUUCCUGAGGAUUUGGACAGUAGUGAAUGCCUCACAGAUGAGUGUAGUAUCAUUGCCGGAGGAACCCUUACUGGUUGGCACGCUGAUGCGGCAGCUGUGUUAUGGAGAAGAAUUUUGGGCAUUCUGGGAGAUGUCAACUGCAUAUGCUGUCCUAAAAUCCAUGCCCUUGUUUUCGAAUAUCUAUACGAACUCUGGCACAAAUUAGCUAAGAUUAGAGACAAUCUGGGUGUCAGUCUGGAUAAUCAAAAUUCGCCGCAAUCUCCAAUUCUCAUUCCACCACUUCGUAUGUUUGUAUCCUGGUUAUUUAAGGCAACGACUCUGCCCAAUGAGUACAAGGAGGGAAGACUACAAGCGUACAGGCUAAUCUGUGACAUUAUGACCAAACGCCAAGAUGUCUUGCCAAACUCUGAUUUCUUAGUGCACUGUUAUCAUGUGAUACACCGAGGUAUUGUGAGUGAGGAUCAGGAUGUGCUGAACGUACUUGCCAAACAUUGUUCACCUCGCUUCUUUUUAAUUGGUUUGCCUGGUUUCACCAUGAUGGUUGGAGAUUUCAUCACAGUUGCAACCCGAGUCCUCAAUUCAGAUGUGGUGGAUGCACCACGAUAUGAAGCACAGAUUCUUCUUGGAUCUCUGGUUUGUUUUCCUAAUCUAUACCAACAGAUGUCACUGCUACAGCCUGUAACUGGAGCUUCUGACAUCAUCACAGGGAAUGAAGAUAUCAAGGAUUACUUGAUAAAUAUUCUGAUAAAAAAUGCAAGGAAUGAAACCUGUGAGACUGCACGAUGUAUAGCGAUGUGUAGUCUUGGAAUCUGGAUUAGUGAAGAGCUGGUGCAGUGUACAAACCACACACAGGUCCAAGAUGCACUGAAUGUGUUAGGUGUGACACUUAAGUUUUCAAACAAAGUGGUUGCUGAAGUGGCAUGUGACAUGCUAAAGCUGUUGGUUAUUCACAUGGAACGGCUUGAGAAGUAUGAAUCACAGCUUCCCAAAAAAAUUGCUGAGAUCCUUGUGGCUACUAUUGCAUUUCUGCUGCCGAGUGCAGAACACUCAUCAGUUGAUGCAGAUAAACGGUUAAUAGUAUCUCUGUUGCUUUGCCUCUUGGAUUGGUGCAUGGCAAUGUCUGUGGAGGCACUACUGGAACCUAUUAGUGCAACUUUGAUGGAAGACCAAAUGGCACGCAAAGCACCUUUACUAGACUAUGUCUACAGGGUGUUGCAUUCCUGUGUUUAUGGCUCUCACCUCUUCACCCAACAAAGCCAAUACCUGCUGACUCUUGCUGAUGUCUCCUCCACAGAAUAUGAUCCAUUUUUGACAUUGGGAAAUGUCAAGAAUUCGGAAGCUGCUCAUUCGUAUGUCCCUAAGGAUUUUGGCAGCCUUCUUACUAUCACUGAAAGUAAGAAGAGAAGAAAUUUGGAUUGGAUCCCUCUUACAGCACGCAUGGUAAUGGCUCACCUGAUUAAUCAUCUAGGUCAUUAUCCGCUCAGUGGAGGUCCUGCUGUACUUCACAGCCUCAUCAGUGAGAAUCAUGACAACCCCUAUAUUGAAUCAUCAGACCUAUCUGCUGAGGUUUUCAAAAGCCCAAAUUUGCAACUUUUUGUACUUAAUGACAGCACCCUAAUUUCCUACCUUCAGAUUCCGACAGAAGUGGCUUUCAGUGAAAAAAUCUCCAACAGUGAACCAAACAUUCCUGCCUCGGAUGUGAGGAUAAUUGUGCGUGACAUCUCUGGAAAGUAUUCUUGGGAUGGUCAGAUUCUAUAUGGCCCCCUCAGCAAUCAGCUGAUGACUGUGAAAAACUGUAAUACAUUUUAUUCAAAUACUACCUUGAUUGCUGAUGGCCAGUCUGACCCACUAAUAGCACACUGCAUUUGUCCUGAAAUGGAACAUGAUGAUCUCGAUCAUUUGCUUGAAAAUUUAAGUAAUAGUAGUCCAGAAUGCCUACCACAUCCACAGCUGGGACUCAGUGAGCCAGCACCACUACCAAUUGGAAUGAAUCAUGACCAAGAGAGAAAUAUCAUUGAUGCCAUAACCAGACAGAACAAUCGUGAAGAGGAAUACAUCCGUAAGUGGAGCAGAGAUCAAUGCAUGAGUGUGACCAGUCAAAAAGAAUCUGUCCAUCAUGAACCUCAGGCACAGUUUUACUACUGCAGACUAUUUCUUAACGACAUGGGGAUGAAUUCUUGGGAAAGAAGGAAUAGUUUUCAUCUUCUGAAGAAAAACUCAAAACUAUUAAGGGAACUUAAAAAUUUGGACUCAAGACAGUGUCGGGAAACUCAUAAGAUUGCAGUGUUUUACAUUAUGGAAGGACAGGAAGACAAAUAUUCAAUUCUGUCUAACACUGGAGGAAGCCAAGCAUAUGAAAACCUUGUCUCUGGGCUUGGCUGGGAGAUUGACCUUUCUACACAUUGUGGUUUUAUGGGUGGCCUGCAACGUAACGGCAGUACAGGACAAACUGCACCUUACUAUGCUACCUCCACUGUGGAAGUCAUUUUCCAUGUUUCCACACGAAUGCCAUCAGACUCUGAUGACUCAUUAACUAAAAAGCUCCGUCAUCUGGGAAAUGAUGAAGUUCACAUCAUCUGGUCUGAGCACUCAAGGGACUACCGCAGGGGCAUCAUUCCUACAGAUUUCGGUGAUGUCUUGAUCAUCAUUUAUCCAAUGAAAAACUGCAUGUUCUACAUUCAGAUUUUAAAAAAGCCAGAAGUCCCAUUUUUUGGUCCUCUUUUUGAUGGAGCUAUUGUGAAUGAAAAACUUCUGCCAAGUCUUGUUCGUGCCACAGGCAUCAAUGCCAGUCGAGCUGUGAAGUCGCUUAUACCCCUCUACCAGAGCUUUUACGAAGAAAGAGCUCAGUAUGUUGAAGCAAUAGUUCAGCAACACAAAGAGAUCAUGACAUUUGAAGAUUUUGCAGCUCAAGUCUUCUGUCCAUCCCCAAGCUACACGCUUAGUAACAUGGGUUCUCUUAAUGGAAAUCAAAGCACUGAAAUGCCCACUGCUGUGGGAACUGUCCUUACAGAUCACACUUCCCCACCACUGCCACAUGCCACAAAAACCAAGGUCUCUGGGAAACUUCGUCACUCUGCCAGUUCAUUAAGCAGAUCUUCACAGUGAAAAAAAACUUUGCAAAGACAAGUUGUGAGCUGAGGCUUGCUUUCUAGCCUCUUCAAUUUUCUACUCACAUUCUGCCCAUAAAAUAAUGUUAAUUUUGAAUGGAAUUUGAACUCACUUUCUUUCUUUGAUAUCAGUUAAAUUUCAGAGGCAAGGUGCAGAGAGGGAAUGGUAUAAACCUGAAUCACACUAUAAGCUUCCAAAACUGGGGUAACCCAUUUAAAGUAAAAAUGUCAGCAUUGUGGAGGUGAUAGGAGAUGUUGUGGUGUAAGGGCAUUAUGACAAUACCUCCAGCUGUCUUGAAAUGGAUGCAUGAUGUGAUGUCAUGCCAUACCAUAACAACUGUAACUGUAGCAUGUGAUAUCACUUACAGUGUGAAGUCAUUGCUGGCUGCUUUGAGAGAUCUUUGAAUGAUGACCAAAUGCGAGACUGUCAUGCACAGGUAUUAUGUUAAAUGUAAUUCUGAUGAUUGAAAAUGUACUCAGCUUAUGGCUGUGUGAUUAUGUCUUUGCAGUUAUCAUGAUACUAGCCAGGGAUUCUAAACCUUGAAUUAAAACCAUAGCCUUCCUAAUAUUUUCAAUUAAUAUUAUGCCAUGAUGGGAAAAUGAGGCCCUUCUUUCUCAGCUGCAAAGUGAGCACUGUCAACCAGGAAUCUUGUGGAUUAAUAAAAAAAAGUGAAAUUAUUAUCUAAAAAAUCUCAGCUAUAAUUAUUCAUAUGAACAUUAUCUGUUUGAAUACAGAUGUAUCCAGUGGCCUCUACUUUGGUUUAUCUGAUUUUCCAGCCUUCUAAUCAGCAACAGGCUCUUUUCUUAUACUCCUUCUCCUUCAUUCCAUUAACGUAACGCUGCAAAACUCAAGUGUAGUAUGGUUACAGUUUAAAAAGUUACCUAGAAUUGUAAGUUGGUAAAACUUUACUGCUGUGGUCUUGUAGAUUAAAUAAGGCACCAGAACCAGUGGAGCAACCACUGAGCCAUUCACCCACAUAUCACAUUGUGUCUCUGCAUUUGAUUAUUUGCAUUAUGUUUGAGUGACUACAUAUCAGGGAAGCAAAGAGAAAAAGCUUUUUAAAUUAUCUUUUUUAUCCUGUACCUUGUAAGACAAAUUUAUGACUACAAUCAAAGAAAGAAUAAUGUUCAGAUUUCCACAUAAGGCAAACUUGCCCUUUUAAUAUUUACGUUAAUCUUAAAUUAUUUUGCUGUUACAAGUUACAAGCACAAGUACAACAGGAGGAUAAUACAAAACAAGAAUUUGAGCUAAUUUGGAGAUGAGAGUAUAUAAUGCAUAACUUAGUUGAUGUUUAGAUGGUGUAUUACCAGACAGAAAAUAUUUAUCGGAAGCUCUGAAAAGCUUUCAACCUGGAACUGUUAACUGAGUUGUCUCCUGCACAAGCUACAUCUGAUUAUAAACUAUAUUUGUUAUUAAAAUGGUGAAACAUAAGAGUUAAAAUGCUUGAUGUUCCAAUCUUAGACUGCAAAUUUUUAUUUGCCUUGUUUAUGUUGUAUGCAUCCCCAAAUAUUUAGUUGUCAUUUCAGAAAGGAAUAUGGCCACGAUGGGAUAAUACUUCUAAAGGUGCUGCAUUAUGGAAUCCAUCAUUCAGUCUUGGCCUAUUCUGGAAAAUUCUAAAUCAACAGCCAUCAGGUUGUUUUGAAUUUUUGCCAUCCAACUGCACUUCUAGCCACAGCUUCAAAGCACUGAAUGUUAGGACCAGAUUCUGCUAGUUUUCAUCAUUUUGAUGCAUUUAGCCACAAGAAAACCUAGAGGCAAAACCACUGCACAUGUAGAUAAUUAAUUUGGACUUUUCUACUGAAGAUUAUUUGUCACUUCUUGUGACUUGAAGAUUGUGACAAAUGGAACAGUAAUUUCAUUACAAUUUUAUAUGUGUGUGUUUUUGUAGCUCAUUUCAUUCUUUUUAUCAUCCUCCUGGAAACCUUUCUGUCUUCCUGUAUGCUUCAAUCAGCAUUGACAUAUGGGCUAUCUGGACUAUUUAUUGCUGAAAUGAUGUAUUGUUAAGUACUCUAAACAGAAGAAAUGUAAGAAUUUGAUCUUCCAAGUUCUGUUGGUGCCUGCUAAUGGGAUUUUUUCUUUUACAGUGAGAACUUUAAUGUUCUGAAGUGAUGUUACUUAUAUGUUUAUCUUUGAAUUAUACGACAGUACUGUUUCUGUUGCACUUGUUCUUUGUGUACCAGUCAUGUGAAUGUGCUCUUUGGUUUUCAGAUGUAUAAUGCUUUAUUUUUAUUAUAUAUGUAAAUAUGGAGUAAUAUUUGAUAAGCAAAUUAUAAAAAGCAGCCUUUGUAAGUUAUGAUUCAACUCCUCCAUCUGGCUGUUGGCUUGAGUCAAUUAUUGUGCUUCUUUAAAAAUAUAGCCUCAGGUGAUCUGCACUGAUCAUAUGGAACAUAAAAUUUGAAAUGCAGUCUUGUAAUGUUAACAUAAUUUUCAUUUGAAGUGGCAUCUUUCCUUACCAUGUUACAACUAAUAAUUGUUCCUUCCUAUAAAAAAUCAUUUCUAAAUAGUUGUCAGCUUAACUUUGAUUUAUCUAUUUUUUUGAAGAAUCUUCCUCAAUAAGAACAGCUUUUUAAGAAUGUUUACUUUAGAGGUGUGUGACUUUCUAAUAAUCAAUGUUGUAAAGCAGAAUUAAAGAAGUGCACUCACACAGCCUCUACACAUUUCCUAAUUCACAAUGUCCAACCUGAAUUUGAAAAUGCCAUGUGCCUCCUGGCUCUGUUGAUAUGAGAUCCUCAGUACCUAAAGGGUUAAUAAGUGUCUAGAUAAAUGCAAUCUAAAUUUGAGUGUGUGUACUCAUCUGAAUUAUGCCUCAGUUACUUAAUUUAUGGCCAAAUAUUUGUUGAUGAGUUUAUAUCACCAUAUUCUUAAUCUCAAGUGGCUCACAGUUCAUGGAAUUGUGGGAAUUCUCAUCUAAACACGUCAUUAGUUCAACAGGCAAAAUGUGAUUGCAGAAAAUUUCCAAGUUUCUACUUUUCAGUUCACUUCAAACUAAAGGUUAAAAUAGAAUUGAUCCCACAGAAGAUUAUGUCUUCCAUUAAAUGAGCAAAACUGCCCCCUUCUGAAUUUUCUCCCAUGUGUCAAUGAGUAUAAACUGGAUAUAAACAUUUAAUUCUUAUGGUUAAAGUUUCAGUUUUAACUGACUGUAAUAUAAUACAGCACUAUGUGAAUUCUAGUUAGUUUAAUUCAGAGGUAUGGUGGGGUGACGUUCAAAAGCAAUAGAAAAUAGAAGACUCUGUGCCUUUAUUACAGUUAUAUAACUCCAAAAUCCUUGAGUGUUCAUCAGAUACUUUCUAACCUUUUAUUAAUGUAUAUAUUGUGUAACGUUUUCUCGUCACACUGGACAUGUUUUAAACAUACAUCAGUUGCCAAAGAACUCGUAACUUGCUGAAUUAUGUCCUUCAUCCCUCCUGUAAAUGCUGAAUACAGAUGCUGAUUACUUAACUGUAUAGCCUUUUUACGUUUGUUGAUUUGUACCAGGAAAGGUUAUAAAGCAAUUUGAAUAUUUAACUUGAAAUACUUUCCGCAUGAAUUUAAAAUAAUAUUUUGUAGAACCAGAUGAAGUAUCUCAGAGUUCCUCCUGUUAAGCAAAUGACACUAAUUUUGUAGAGACACUGGGCCUGUGGCAUUUUAUAUUCGAGUUUUCAUCAAAUAAGCUCUGAGGUUUAUCUUCUGGGCUUAAGGAAGAGGUGGGUAAAGAACUGCAUCUGAAGCAUGAUUAAUUAAUGCUGAAUAAACCAAGCCCAUCCUCAACUAAAAUGGAUAUUGACUUGUAUUGAAAAGUCAUACCAUUUUAAUAUUUAUCUGAAAAUAUGUUCCAACUAAAUUUAAAAUAUUCAAUUUGUGUAGGUUUAAUCUUCAAAUAUCUCCUGAAUUUGAGUAGGAACAUUUGACAAUUUGCAGUUUUUUGGUGACCUAUUGGCAAAUGAUAAGUAGUGCUGUAUUGCACAAUACUGUAUUUUGUGUUAUCUAAAUAUUAGAAGAGUUGGAGUAAUAGGCAUACAGUACUUUUCUACAUGUGUAGAUUCUCCAUGUUAACCCAACACAAUUUAUCAACAUCAUGCAUUGUAGUUCAUGGGAAUAUCAGAAUGUUUGAAAAGUUGUCUCUUGGCUCCAGUAUGUUUCUGGCACACAUCUAAAUUAUGUCUGAACAAAAUUUUGUUUAUUCAUCAUGGAUUCCCAUCUGACUGCAUUUGCAUCGCUCCCUCCCCAUCUCCCUCCUUAAGAAGGUCUCAUUGUUGCUCACACUAGUAAAAGCAAGUAAUGAUAUUGCAAAAUUCCAUUUACGAGCCUUGAACCACCAGUGAAUUUUCUAAAAAUGAUCAAGAAUUGGUUUUGAAAUUCCGUGUUUAAUAAUGUGGCUCUUAUAAUUGCUUCCAUAUUAUCUUUUGGAGACUGUCAGUGAUGUGAUUGAUUAUUAACUACACACCUAGAGCAGCUUGGUGAGACUUUUUAGUAUCCCCUUGUUAUUUGAACAGCCUCAAAUGAAAGAUUUUUCUUGUCCAGUGAAUCUUUUUGAUACACCAUUUUGCUGUAGCACCAUUUUCAUUAUUACACUGUUCUUACUACUAGUCAUCCUAAUUUAAUUGUUCAAGUGUACUUUCUUAAAGGAUAGCAAAAUCUCAAAAUGCAGUACCAACCACAUGACUCACUUCUUUGAGGUGAUCUUGUUCCAACAUGGCAAAUGCCAUUGAAAAUGCUAUACAGAAUAUCUAGCAUUAGUACAAUGAAGUAUAAUUGGAUCAUCAGAUCUCACUUAAGAUGGUGGGUCAGCAGACUGCCUUGUCAAUGCAUUUGUGUAGUCGUCCAUCAGAGGCUUCCCAAGAAGUGAUUCCACAUCAGUGGUGGUGUCAAUGACCCACAUCAUUCUAGGAAUAAGUGCUAACCAAUAUAUGUUUGUACUACCAGCUACCACUGAUCAAAAAACUCCAAUUAUCAUUGGACAUUAUUCGUUUCAGUCAUUUCACACUCAAAGGUUGUCACAUUUGUACACUUCUGUGAGACUUCACAGAAUGAACCUUGCACUGUUGUUAAUUGGCUUAUUAAAAAGAGAAACCAAUAUUAUUUUUGUUCUCCCACCAAUCAGACUACUUAAGCAUUUAGCAUACAACAUUUUAAAUAAUGUGGCUAAAAUUCAUUCAAACAUAUAAAAAUUUUACUACUGAGUCUGAAAUUUAAAGGUGCUGAUGAUGUUUUCCUUGAUCUAAGUAUAUCCUGAAUAAAGAUAGCUAGAUAAUUGUAAGUAUAUUAAAACUAAUAAAAUUAUUACAAAUUAUUAUUUCAAAAUCUAAAAAUACUGCUGUACUUCCAACCAUAAAGCAAAAUCACUAUUGACUGGAGUCAGCCUGCUGCACUGAUCUUAGAAACCACUUAAAGCAAACUAGUGCAGCUUGAGGUAUAAUGAUUAGCUUUUUUAGAAUUUUAAGAAACUCCUUUUGAAUUGCAAUAUUCUCCAUAGAUUAAAGGUAUGUAUAAGCCUCUUGAUACUCAAUCUCAAUUGUGAAUGUAAAAGAUGAUGUAGAAAAUAUUAUUUAAAAUCAGUUAUUUGAGUGUGAAGAUGCCUGCUGUGGGAAGUUUUCUCAAUGUAUUUCCUGCUGCCUCGGUAGCAGUAUAGGAAAGUGAGAAUAGCAACUGAGCCAAGCAUUAUAAUUUGUGUUGUAUACAGCGUUAGCAUCUCUUGUUCUGUCUCGCUAAAUCAACACAAAGCGAAUGAAGAAAAGAAAUCAAAUAACUGGAAGGAGAAAUAAUCUGGACACUUGCACGCAUAAAACUUAGAUGUUUGUUCAGAGUAUCUUUAAACGUUUACAAAGAUUUAAUCUUCAAAGUCUUCGCCAUCAAAUAUGAAUAAGAUUAGCCAGUCUUGGUCUUUGAUAUCACAUGAAGAAGUUAUUUUAAGUGCUCUCUAUCUGUUGCUCAUUCUGUAAAAUAAUGGUUUAUGAAAGGAGAAAGCUUGAGAAUGCUUAUUAAUAUUGUCAAAAAUAUUUUAAGAUGAAAGUUCAGGAUGCCUUUGUGAAUUGUUAUGAAGAAAGAUGUCAUUAAAA